CUGUGUACCGAAGCAGGAGGCGUGUGUUCAGCGCCUCAGUUCCGGGUAAUAAUAGCAGAUCUGUGUUGUGGGACACUUGACUAUGGAAGAAUGGGCGACGAUCUGGAGUUAAAUAUAAUUCAAGGUGAUAAUGACAACAAUAAUGUCGCCAGUGAUGGUCGUAUCGAGGUAAAUCCAGAGAAUGGAGACUGUCCUGACCACAUCAACUCUGAGGCACAUGAAGUGUCUCCCCUUCUUUCAACAUCGCAGGUGGGCGAUGGCAGGAGGGAAGAACUCAGUGUGGAUGUUGUCAAUAUUGAACCUGAAACCAUAUCAAGGGACGAGACUGAGCUGCAGAGGGUGAAGCGAGAGCUGAAUGAGGUGGUGGUGUGGAAACUCAAAGUGUGGAUGCUGAUACUCAUCAUCUUGUUUCUUAUCACUCUGAUUGUUUCAGUCAGCCUCAUUGUUUGUGCAGCUGGUUACAACGAUGAAGAUGAGAAAUAUGACAGAUCAUCAUUUGUGGUGGAGCGCUUCUACACAGGGAACUUUACUCUUGCCAAAAACAAUUUCACUUCACACCCUUUAACUCAACCAGAUGAAUCCGAGCAGCUGCUAGAACAACUACAACAACAGCUGACAGCAGUCUACAAUUCUUCUCCUGCGUUGGCACGCUACUUCUCCAAUGUUACCAUAAACAAUUUCAGGGACGAAACCGCUCAGUUUGAGCUUCAGUUCAUCAUCCCUUCAGAAAAUGAACAGUUGGUGCGCAAUACUCUGAGCAGAGACAUGGUGAAAGGUGUGCUUCUUCAACACUUUUAUGAUCAGGACUCUGAUGCUGGAGAUCAUCUCUACGUCAUACCAACAUCACUCAGUAUAGAAGUUUGUACAAAGAGAAGAAUUUGAGGAGACAAAUGUGUGGACGUUCUCACCUUUCCUAACAAAUUUGUGGAAAAUGGUUGUUGGCUUUUAAAAGAAUGUUGUUGUUAAGCGACAGUAAAAAGUACACUAAAUGUCAAACCAAAGCAUUUUAUCGUAAACAGAUACAGUUUACUAAUUAAAAGUAUUUGGUAUAUCUGUAUACUAUAUUAAUAUUAUUUUUAUGUUUACACCUUAAGAUGUUCUUUUACUGCCCAUAAACUUUUGUAUGUUUUCUCUUGACUUUUUUCCCAAGCAUUGCAUUUACACACAUUGUUAUAUAGUCAUUCCUGUCUCUCCAUGUGUCCUUUUUUCCUUCUUAUGGGGCCAAGAGGAAGCAGUGAGGCCUCAGUGUUAUUUGACUUGCAUGUAUGUAUACAUGGUUUGAUUUAAGCUGUGUGUCUGUAAAUAAGUUAAAAUUGUUUAUCUUUUGUACUUGCUGUUUUGAGGACAUUAGGGCUGCUUGCUACUGGGCAAGUCAUUUCUUACACAAUUAUAGUCACAUGACAUUUACAGCUCAGAUGAAUCGCUUCAAAAACUUGGAUGUGGAACCCAGUGCCCAUGAGAAAAUGAUGCACUUUUUAUGUAGAUUUAUCACACACGGCCAGAGAAUUUAAUACUGUCUAAGAUAAUAGAUAAUACCUUAAUAAAAAAGUGUGUGUCGGUUAAAAACCUCUGUUUCUAUGCAGGGAUUUGUGACUAUUGUUACUGUUAUCAAUCUCUUAACUAGCACACUAUUUGCUAAAGGUGUGACAAACUGCCAUGACCAUGAGUGAACUUAACAAACACUGUCACCAAACAAUACUCUUUUAAUAACCUUUAAUAAAUUGUCUUGAACUGUU